CAUUUGUUAGUAGUAGUAGUUAAUAGUUAGAAGUACGUAGUUUGUACUUGCACCAGAACGACAAAAGUAACAGUUCAUAAAAAAGAAAACUGUCGUUGAUAGCGUUUGUAUUAGAAUGAUAACGUGAACUAGCUAACCACCUGUUGAGCCAGUGAGCAUCUUUGUUUACAUUUAUCAGCUGUAAUUAUGCUAGCUUGCUUCCAGUUUUAUACAAUAACCAGAGAUGUUUAAAACAUAACCUUGUGAUAAUGAGUUAGUUGUCGGGUUUCUGCAAAGUUCCAGCUGUUAACACAAAUUGAAAAUGUCACUUGAGUUGGUGAGAGCUAGCCUCAGAGAAAGCGGUAGAACCGUGGAUUCACGUUAGCUGGAGGUGCACUCGUAAUUGGUCUAAUGUUUGAGGACGAGGAAGAAUUAACCAAUGAUCUGGUCAGUCUGAGGAAUCUGCUUCGAUUAACGGAGCUCAGCCUGCAAAGUGUGGGACAGAAACUGAGUCAUUCUGAGUGUCAUCAGGAUGAGAGUUGUCUUCAGCAGAGUCCUGACCACCUGAUCUUACAAGACGGGGAGGCAUCUGAUGUUCCUCUGUCCUCAUCUGUCUGUGUUUGCCUGGAGAGGCCCCUCAGUGCAGCUGCUGACAGACGGGCUGCAGCUGGCAGUCCCCUCUCUUCCAGCUCUAUGUCUGCCUCAUUCAAAGCCCAGUCAGUAGAGAUGGAGUCUAUUUCUUCACGGAAGAAGGGGGGUUGUGUGCGGCAGGAGAAUGCCUGCCUGGUUUUCCAGGAUGAACAACUCAUCAGUGACCUGGAUGCAAUGCAGUAUGAACUUGCUACCUCGAAAUCUCAGGUCCGCCACAGAGGUCCCAAGUUUGGCGUUAACAACAAUGUGGCAGUCAUGAGCGAACAGAUUCGUCAGCUUGAAGCGGAACUGGAGGCUCAGGCCAAAGACUUAAAGGAAGCAGAGCUAAGGGCAGACUGUUGUCAGGAAGCAGCAGCUCACAGUGAUAUUGUGGUGGCGUCACUUACUGAAGAACUGAACUCACUCAGAGAAGAGUUUAACAACAAGACAGCGCUAGGAAAACGGGCUGAGCAGCAAAGGAACCAAGCACUUCAAAAUGCAGAGAAACUCAAAGAAGCUUUCAAAGAUUAUAAGGCCACCAUUUCCAUUAAGCUGAAGAGGGUAAUGGAAAGUGAGAGCAGACUCAAAGAGAGUCUUAUUGAAUGUGACAGAGAAAAAGAAGAGCUGGAGAUGAAGUUUAAUGUGCUUGAGAGGGAGAAGGCUGAACACAGCAAAACAAUCAGCCAGCUAAAGGAGGAAGUGAGACAUGCCAAGGCCACAGCAGCCGGCCUCCAAACCAAAUUUGAAGAGGCUGAACGAAGAACCUCACACCUCGAGCGGCAACUUGUGGAGCAAAGUGCAGAGUGCAGGGAGGUGGCCUCUGUGCGCAAGGAGCUGGAAGACCUACGGACUCAGACCCACAGCCAGGAACAGAGGGCGACACAGAGCCUGAGAGAGGCUCAACAGAGCCAGGCAGAGCUGUCCAGUCUGGAGGCCAUACUGGCUCUGCUGCAUUUACGAGAGGGUGCUGUGGGGCCAGUCUGUGUCAGUCCUUGCAUGUUGCCUCCGGUGGACUACUCAGGAACUGCACAUCUGCUGAAGCUAAAGCCAGGUGAAGGCUACCAGCAGCUGCUGAGAGUGCUGCAGGCAAAGGAAGCUGAGAGGAUGAAACAGAGUAGCGUGAUCGAGCGGCUUCAGGAGCGUCUGAGGCGAGCGCAGGAGGAGAACUCGUCCCUACAGAGCUCCAUGGCACAAAGAGCCUCGCACUACCAGAGCCUUCACACGGAGCUGCUGGACAAAGUCAGCCAGGCCACGGACACAGAGAAAGAGCUGAAGAGAAAAAGUGCACGAGUUGCUGCGCUGGAAAAACAGUUACAGGAGAAAACCUCGUCCUACGCUCAGGCUGCACUGAAAAACACCGAGCUGGAGAAUCAGCUCUUGGAGAAGACCAACACUCUUCAGCAUUACCAGUCACUGAUGACCAAGAAGCAAAGAGAGUAUCAGGAGUCUUUGGAGGCGUGUAAACAAUCGCAAUCUCAUCAAUACGUGGAGCAACAGCACAGAAUAGAAAUGUUGCAGCUGUCUGUGGAACAGGCUCAGUCUCGGGUGUUGGAGAUGGAGCAGGAGUUGAGUUCACUCCAGAUGGAGCGAGAUGCGGCUCAGAAAGCUGCUCAGCUGCUGCAGACGUCUUUAAACCAGCUCACACAGAAGAAGCAGACUGAAGACAGACACAAUGAGGAGCUGGUCGAGAGUUUCAAACGGCAGGCAGCUCAGUCUGCUACCAAGGUGUGUGAGCUACAGUCGUCUCUGUCAGCAUGUAGAGAAGAGCUGUCUUCAUACCUGCAGCAGAUGGAGGAGAUGAAGAAGAACCAUGAGACUGAGCUGCAGAAGAAGAACAACAAGGUGUCCUCUCUGCAGGAGAAGCUCCACAGCACCAGCCUUGUUUGUCAGAGCUCCAGCGAACAGAACCUGCAGCUGCAGUUUUCUCUGCAGCAGCAGCAGACCAUGCUGUCUGAGAGCACCGCUCGGGUUUCAGAGCUGGAGGAGAGCCAGAGCCAGCUGCACACACAAGUAUCCAGUCUGGAGCAGCAGCUGGAACGAGCCCGGACGUCUCUGCAGGACGAAGUAGGGAAGAGAGAGCAGGACGUCCAAAUGAAGGACAAGAAAAUUCAGGAGAUGAACCAGGAGAAUAUACAACUCUCUGAGUCUGUUAGCCAUCUCACAUCAGAGACGGAAAAGUGUCGAGGGGAGCUGAUGUCUAAAGAGUCGGAUUUGCAAAAUCUGCAGAGGGACGUCUCCAUCAAGACGUCUCAGAUCAGCAGCCUGGAGGAGAACCUGCAACACAUGAAGAACCAACUCAGCAGCAAGAGUGACAUGGUCAUGGAUCUGGAGGAAAAGCUCCAUCGCUGUGAGGCAGAUCAGCGAAACUGUGUCCAGCAGGUCCAGAUCCUGGAGCAGCAGUUACAGACAGUACAGGGAGAGUUGGCCGACGCUCUGAAGCAGCUACGAGAACUCAAGGAGGUUCUGCAGAGAACCCAAACCGUCUCAGAUGAGCGACAAUCCACAGUGGAAAAGCUGACUGUCCAGCUUAGGGAGACCCACAGGGAGCUGGAGGAGAGAACUCAUGAGGUCUUAGACAUGGACAGUGCACUAAAGGAAAGACAGGGGGAGCUCCAACAAAGAGCAAAGCUGCUGGCCCAGCUGGAAGUGGCCAUCAGAGAGCACAAGCAAGAGAUGGAGAGGAAGGUGGAGUUUCUGGAGCAGAGCCUGGAAGCCAGAGAAAGAGAGCUGAAGGAUGCGCAGAGGGAGCACUUGGACAGGAACGUGAAGGAGUCUCAGGAGCUCAGCCAGCAGCUGUGCGUUUGUCAGCAGCGACUUCAGAAAGUGUCAGAAGAGCUUGAAGAGACUCGACGUCAGCGUGAGACUCUGAACAGAGAGCUGGACGACGCCAAGUUGCUGACAAAAGAGACGGAGGCCCGGCUUUAUAGUGUGGAGGAGGAGCUGACUCUGAAGGAGGCGCGUUGGGAGCAGCUGGAGUCCAGACUGCAGGGCAUGGUCACUUCUCUGGAGCAGGAGCUGGAUCUGGAGAGGGAGCAGCACAGCAAGGAGCUGGACUCCCUGCAGCAGACUCGGGGGCAGCUCCUCAAAGUCUCGGAGCAGAUCUCCACCACCAUGCGCUCCUCUCAGGAGCAGCUCACCGUCAAACUUCAGCAGAGCCAGGCCCAACUCGAGCAGGUCAAGGCCGAGCUGGACCGAGCUACGACUGAGCUGGACCGUACCACGAACCAAGUCGGUCAGCUCCAAACGCAGCUGGACCAGAGCCAGGCUCAGUUUCUUCAGAUUAAAACCCAGCUGGAGCAGAGCAGGAUUUACUGUGAACAGACCAAAGCCCAGAACAUCCAUCUACGUACCCAGCUGGAGCAGAUGACUGUGCAGUUAAAUCAAACCAGGGCGCAGGCUGCCCAGCUCCAGACCCAGCUCCUGGCCUCUGAGAAGUCUGUGGAGACCUCCAACGAUUCCCUGCUCAUCAAGGAGUCUGAGCUGACUCGUCUCCAGGCCAGGAUCUCCAGUCUGGGACGAACUGCUGACCGACAGAAUCUGUACAAUCACGCACUCUCUCUCCCGGCUCUGCACAAAUUCACGGACGCUCCGGAGCGUCACUCUCCAGCUUCAUCCCCUAAAAGGCUGCAAACAACAGCCACCUCUCCCUCCCACGUCCAGCCAACGCACCCGCACUCUCCUACACACAGACAAACCUGCUCUUCGCCUCCUGCUCACACGUACCCACACCUGUCCAAGAGCCACCAAGCAUGCGACGCGUGGAUGCACAGCAGCAGCACCAGCUCCUCCCUGGACCUCCCUCCGAGCCUGAAGGCCACACUGAGGGAGGCGCUGGAGUCCACGUCUGCCUCCAUUUCCUCUUUCCAGGAUUCUGUGAACUACAGCUGGCAGGGCCUCAGUUCCACAGAUGCCACAGCGACAUCAGACGUCUCUUUUGACCCGCUCACGUACAUGGUGGACAAGCAAGGCGACCGAAGCCACAACGUGGAGGAGACGUUGAUGCACGAAGGAGGAGAUGAGCUCCUCAGCGAGUCAAGGAGGGAGUCUGUGAGCACGCUGGUGGGUCAGGAGGAGCAGGAGGAGGAGGUGGAUAUGAGUUCGCUGACGGGGAUGCUGAGGUUUGUUAACCAGACGUUGGCCAUGCAGGAGGAUCCCUCUGUGUGGAGCUCCACACAGCUAACACACACCUGAAGCAACUCCAGAAGGACGUCAAGGAGACCUCAGAGAGAAGAGCUGUUUGCACUGGUCUGUGUACAUAUGAUAUCUGUAUUCAUUUGUGUGUUUGUACUGUCUAGUUGAGGGGACCACUACUUUUCCAGAUCUACUGUGACGUUUCAUGUAAAUGUAGCAUUUGUAUUUCACGUUGUGCGUUUUCAUAGCGGAUAUUUAUAUAUUCUAAACCUGUUUUUAAUGAACUAAGUGCAUUAAAGUUACUUUAUAUAUCAGGACGUUGUGUUUUGUAGUUUU